CCACCAUGAACCAGUAAGGACCCAUAACUUAUUUAUUUAUCUUAACAAUCUCGCAGCUGGGGAUACAUACACAGUAAAAUAGUAAAACAGCAUCAGCCCCAACCCGAUCCACCAAAUACCCGGCAAAUUCAAUCAUCUCUUCCAUUUCACCACACAAUCAUGCGCUCCAGGGAACCUUCGCAAGUCCAGCCCCCACGAUCCAGAGAACAGUCUCAAGGCCAUCCGUCUCAGCAAGCCCAACGAACUCGUGAAUCAAAUGGUUCUGAUAACCAAUCUGUCAAUCAAACCGAAAACGUCUCGGUUUGUGUCAGGAUACGGCCAAUACCUUCGAGCCCUCUAUCCGAUAUUGAUCUGGAUACUCCUACCCCUCAGCAUCGUCAGUCGUCCCACAAGGAAAACCCUAACCGAUUCGGGGCAUGGUGUAUCGAUCGUCUUCAAUCCUCCAUUUCCCUCUCUCCCUCUCACCCGAUCAUCGAUCGCAGGGGUACUGGAACAUCUGAAUCCAUCAAUGGAUCCGAAGGCUACGAGUUCAAGUUGGACCAAAUCUUUGACCCUUAUUCAAACACCGGCGACCUCUAUCGAUCUAGCGUCCACUCUGUCGUCGAGAGCUGUAUCAAGGAUGGCUAUAACGCAACCGUCUUCGCGUACGGUCAAACCGGAAGUGGGAAAACAUUUACCAUGCUCGGUUCGAAUGAUGAUGGCGAUGAUGAAACACUGGGUGUGAUCCCAAGGGCCGUAGCUGAAGUCUUUGCGUUCAUCGCUUCUGAUCUGGAACGGGAAUAUUUGCUAAGGGUCUCGUAUCUGGAAAUCUAUAACGAAGCCCUCAAAGAUUUACUGGCUGCCGAUCAAUCCUCAGGUACCACCAGCCGCCUGACCAUUCACGAGAACAACAAGGGUCGGGUACAUGUCAACGGUAUCAAGGAAGAAGUGGUUACUCAUCCGAUGCAAGUCCUCGAAGCGCUGACCAGAGGCGAGAAGGCUAGACAUUUUGGCGCCACUGAUUGGAACGAACGUAGCUCCAGGAGUCACACAGUCUUCACCAUGACUAUCGAAUCCCGCUCUAAAUCCUCAGUCUCAGCGGCCGACACAAGCCCCACACAAAUUUCCCAUUUGAAUCUAAUCGAUCUUGCUGGUUCUGAAUCCGCUGCCUCGUCAACCGAACGGAGAAAAGAAGGCGCAUUCAUCAACAAGUCCUUACUUGCUCUAUCGAACGUGAUAUCUAAGCUUUCAAGGCGCGAAGCUCAUGUACCUUAUCGCGAUAGUAAACUAACUAGGCUGCUCCAAACAAGUCUCAGCGGUAACGCCAAGGUGGUUGUGAUUUGCGCGAUUUCUGCUGACGCGCGGAGUGUUGUUGAAACCUUGAGCACAUUGCGGUUUGCUCGUCGCGCCAAGAUGGUCGUCACGAAGGCUGAGCGUGGAACGAUAAUCGAUGACAAGUCUGCACUCCUUCAAGCUUAUCAGCGCGAAAUUAUGUCCCUUAAGUCUCAACUUCAGCAAAACUCCCAAGCGCUCUCUAUUACUACAACAUCCGUGCCAGCUUUGGCAGAAUUGAAUGCCGAAAAGUCCAAAGCCGAGUCCGAGUUGAUGGGUCUGAGAUUCGAACGGAUCCGACUUCAAGAACAAAUCGAACAUCUCAAUCGGCGCAUUUUGACAUCACAUACGAUUGAAUCAAAUGUUCGUCGUGCCAACAGCCUGCAGGCGUCCUCCGUAUCUCCUUCUAGAAGGCGUAUAGUCAGUGGCCAACUACUCAAACCUCCAAAGAAGAAUCGAGGUCGAGUGACCGACGUUGGAGGGAUGCUGGGAAUGAUGGGCAUCGGUCUCAGCGCUUCUGCCACUGGGUACUUACCUAAUGGUUCCAAGAUAAGCGAAGACAAUCGAGCUCAGUUUCAACGUGAGCUUCAGUUAGAAAAGGAGUUGGAAAAUCUUCGUCAUGAGCUCGACAGUUUGAAGCAAGAGAAAUCGCGGUCCCCGGAACAGCUUUCUCCGUCUGGACUUGAAUUAUUGAAAGAGCAAAUUCAAGCCUUCGAAGGUGACAAAGAAAAUCUUCCUGUGGGGAUGGCUGAAGAGAACGAACAGGCCAUGAAGAUUAAAAAUCUGGAAGAUGAAAUCGAGACGAUGAGAUUUGAACACCGACAAACCAUCGAUUCAAACAAGGCGGAAAUCGUUGAUCUAAAACUCGCCAUUACCGCCUUAGAGCAAGCUAAGGAGACUGAGCUCGAGGAGUUGAAAAUUCAAUUGGCCAGUAGUUUCCAGGAACAAGAGGAUCGCCUGAAGAAAGCCUACAGUGAACAAGAAGAGUCCAGUCGAUCGAAGCUGUCUGAAGCGGAGCAUGAGACGGCUGCUCUUAAAACCCAACUCGAAGCACAUGAAGCACGGAUCAAGGAGCUGACGGCCAGUAUAGCAGGCGCCCAAUCGCAGAAUCUUGAGAAACAACUUGAGAGCUUGCAAAGUGAAUACGACCAACUCAAAUCGACUCACACCGAUUCACUUCAAGAAAGCCAAUCGAAAACUUCAACUCUUGAGACCGAACUGAGCUCCAUGAAGACGGGGAAAGAAGAAGCGGAUUCACGUGCUUGCGAGAUGCGAGAUCUAAUUCUAAAACUUGAAUCCGAAGUAAGCGCCCUACGCACAGAAAAAGAGGAAUCAAAUUCGGCGCAGCAUGAACAAAUCGCACGGCUCGAAAAUGAGAAAUCUGAUCUUGAAGGCAAACUCGAUCAACUCCAAUCCCAGCUGGAAAUCAAUUCAAGUUCCUUAAAACAAGAAAACGAUGAAUUGAUGUCGAAGCAGCGAGAGCAAGUUUCUAACCUUCAAAACGAAAAGGCAGAAAUCCAACGGCAAGCUGAUGAUAUUCAUUCUCAACUCACAUCCGAAUUGACGACCUUGCGAAAAGAGAAAGAGGAUUUGAGUACUGCCCAACAGCAGCAGCAGCAAGAAAACCAAGACCUGAUCUCGAAGUUAGAAAAUGAGAAAUCCGAAGCCCAGAGACAAGUCGAAGAACUCCGAUCGCAACUCGAAGAUGAGUCGGCUCGUUUGCGAAAGGAUAACGAGGAAACCAUCUCCACUCACAAAGAACAGAUUGCGCAGUUGGAAACCGAGAAAAUCAACACUGUGGCACAAGCAGCAGAACUACAGUCUCGGCUCGAAACCGAGGUGAAUUCUCUACGCGAAAAAUAUGAAAGCGACCUGUCCACCCAAAACGAAACGAUUGCUGCUUUACAACUUGAUCUGUCCUCCACGCGGGGAAAGCUCGAAGAGUUUCAAUCUCAAAAGACUUCAGUGUCAACACAUUCCAUCGGACCGGAAAAUGAAGACUAUGUUGCAUCUCAACAGCAGAUUGCAAAGCUGGAGGUCGCAUGCUCGGAUGCGGAGGCCAAAUACGAAACCCUGAAGUCUACGCUCCAAGCAGAAUUGGAAUCUCUGCGGAAAGAAAAAGAAGAUCAACUUUCAGCCCAGCAGGAAGAGAUGGAUCAGCUACGAGCUGGACGUGUAGAUGCUGAUGUGAGGCUCGGAGAACUGGAAUCUUCAUUGCAAGAGAAAUCAGAUCGGACGUUGGCCCAGGAGAAGCAAAUCGAAGAACUCCGGUUGGAACGCUCUCAAGCGGAAGAACAGAUAAAGAAACUGAAGACUACGUUCGAAAGCGACAUCGAGUCUCUCAGCAAAGACAAGGAGGAACAAAUUUCGUCGCACAAAGAGCAAAUCGAAAAGUUAGAGGCCGAGCGUUGCGAAGCGAAAGCCAAGAUCGAAGAGUUGAUUGCUGAACAUGCCUCAAAAGACGAACCCAAUCAAGUUGAGAUCGACCGUAUUGUGGAACUGGAGACCGAGUUGAGUGAAGCUCAACAACAAAUUGGCAAUCUGACGCUUGUGAAAGACGAGAAAGAACAAUUGGUUCAGGCUCUCCAAGGCCGCAUUUCUGCGCUGGAAACCGAGCUGUCAGAGCUACGGGCGCAGGUUGAAGCAUUGGUGGCUGGAAAAGGCGCGACCGAAGCAAAUGCCGAGAAGGUUGAAGCCGAUAACACGGAGCAGGUCAAGACCCUGGAAGCCGAAAUGUCAGAAUUGAAAGCCUCUUUGGAAGAUGAGAAGAAGGCUAGACUGUCAGAUAGCGAAAAGGUCAAAAACUUGCAGGACGAACUUACCUCCCUUUCUACUCUGCAGAGAGAUACGUCUACUUUGACUACAAAGCUUGAAAAAAUAGAGCAACGGCUAUCUGUAGAGCGCAAUAAAUCUCAGGAGAAAGAGCUGGAAGUGAUGCAAUUGAUCCAAGAGCGCGAUCAAGCUCAGGCUCAAGCAGAAAGAGUGGAAUUAUUAUUGAACGAUCAAGCCAUUCAAGCGGAAGAAAACGUCAAGUCUAUAAUCAAUGAAUGGGAGUCGAAAGUCAAACAAGCUGAGGGCCAAGCGGAUCUCAAGGAGUUGAGGGAGGCGAAUGAGGCUCAGGAGAAGAAGUUAGAUAUGUUCCGAAGCGAGGCCGAAAACUUGAAGGUCGAACUAGAGAAAAUGAAGAUCGAGCGAACAAACCAAGAAAUACAUCAAGAAAAGGUCGAAAGACUCUCGUCACGAUUCCAGGAAGACAUAAGAAAGAUGCAACAGAGAGAACAAGAGUUGUUGGAAAAGAUCGAUUUGAUUGUGAAGGAGAAAUGCGACGCAACGAGCUCUAGAUUACAUGAUGAGUAUAACUCAAAGCUUAUGCACCUGGAAGAAAGUAACUCGAAGCUUGAGAUGCACAUCAAAGGUCUUGAGUCACAUCUCACCACCGUCUCAAACGGCCAAAGACAACAAACUACCGCCGAAAGUAUGGAAACUAUAGUUGAUCUCCAAAGUACGAUUGACGACCAGAAUCAAGAGAUUGGGAACUUGAAAACGGAGCUUCAGAAUCUCAAGAAUUCUAUUUCUUCGCGUCCUCUUCAGCCUAUCUCCAAUAAACGCGUCGAUCAUGAUCAUUACCAUCAGUCGACUGAAGAUGAGCUUAAUCGAUUAUACCACAUAAUUGAUCAACAAGAAAAGCGAUUAAGUGAUGCAAAAACAGAUUUAUCUAAGUGGCAAGCUCGUGUCAGGAGCCAGACCGAAAUCAUUUCACAAUUGAAGAUCUCCCCAGAAUCUGAUUCCGAGCCGCCCCAAAAGACUCGGAUGGCACCUAAUCGCAGAUCCACCGAUGAUACUGACCAUUUCUCUAGUUCCUCGAGGAAUCCCACGAACAUCACUUUCAACAAUCUAAGUUAUCGUUCACAACCCAAACCGGCGGGUCUGUCACCAUUACUCGGAGGUUCCACCCGUUCAACUCCUGGGUGGCAAAGUAAUCAUCAUCAUAUAUUGUCGUCGUCCUCUUCGUCCUCCAACGUCGCACCAGAUGGCCGAAGUCCCAGGCCUCUACCAGUACCUCAAAGCUUCAUAGCUUCUAUUGACGAUGAUGAUGCUAAGCGACGAAAAGAGAGGCGAAGGACGAUCGAAAUGGAUAUGGCUAAGUUGAAGGAUGAAAACGUAGUUGAAAGGAAAUUGAAUUCAUUACUAUCUUCAUCGAAAUUUUCAAAUUCACCAAAUCUGAAUCAUUCUCAAGAGAGUAAAUUCAAACCACCAGCAUCUCCUUCAACUCUAAGCAGCAAUCCAUUCAAGGUCUCUUCCUCCCCGCUACUAUCGUCCAAUCCAACUUUCUUGACUCCUAUGUCCAGGAAUCAUUCUCGACAAUCGGGUCAACCUUCUCCUACUGCUUCCAGUUUUUCCUCUUCAUCUCAACGGGGUUAUUAUGAAUGAGCUUUUGAUCAUGAUAGCAUUGACAACAUCUACAUAAUUUUUGCAUUUGCAUGGUUUCAUUUUUUUUUUUGCCUCCGUCUUUCAAAAUUCUUGCACCCUGCCAGAAAAAUAUCCAUCCUGCAAACGCAGUGCUUUAGAUCAUCUACUUCAUUGUUUCCGGCUCAUCAGUGUUUUGUCUCAGUUGUUUGUUUUUGUAUUUGUAAUGUUUUGUCUUUUCUGUAAGUUUUGUCAUUUCUAUUCAACUUCACACACCAUGUCUGUACGCGUUUCCCGUCUUCAGAAAGUGAUCAUCUAUUAGAUAUAUAGGUGUCUUCUAUCCCUUAUUAUGCUGGAUUGGUUUUUCCUUUCUCUCUCUUAUUUCUGAUUCUUUGCAGAUAACUCUUGAUUACUGGUAACAUCCUUUAUUAUUUUUCUUGCAUAGAUUCAUCUUUUUUGAUUUGAAAAGCUCACCUUUUCGCUUUACCUGAUUUUCUACUGAGUCGAGUGUGCCUAUUGUCACUCUCAGUUGCUUGCUCCUUGAAUUACCUAAAUUGUGAUUUGCUUCUACCCCCGGGCCUCACACUUUGUAUGUCACCCAAGGUCAAAAUGGGUCC